CAUAUUUGGCAUUGUGGUUGAUCUGAUCUUUGAGUUUCUGCCAACAUUACAAUUCAUUCUUCUGUUCUACAUGUUUGGAUCAGCCAGAGGAGGACUUUUCAUUGUUGUGCUUUUACCAAUGAUGCUAACAAUGACAAAUGACACAAUGUUUUAUAGAUGCUUCAUCAGGCUCGACUGUUCAGAUUCGGUCAGAAGAACAGUGCGGUUAAUUUUCAUGUUAGUGAUGAAUGCAGUGAUGAUGGGUUUUCUCAUCAUGACACUGGAAACUGAAACAGAUCCUAUUGGAUGGGCCUGUGUGAUUGUGUUUCUGCAAAUACUCUGGACAGUUAUGAAGCUGACAGAUAGCUAUUAUUAUUUUUCAAUUUCUCGGGGUUUUCCUCGUUUUGUGUCUCUGUAUCUGUUUGGAUCAGUUGGUGUUGUUUUAAUAAGCACUGUUGCUCUGAUGACAGAACUGAUACUGAAGACAGUUAAUGGUGAACGUGCUGUGAUGGAUCUGAGAUUCGUUCUGUUUCCCUCUGAAACUCUCUUUGUCGUGUUUCUGAUGAUUUUAGCAACAUUUCCAUCCAUGAUUCCCAAAAUAUUAAAGUGUCUGCAGUCUUGUCAGGAUAAAGUGAGGUGUAAUAAAACAGACACCAGAUCACAACAAGCCCAAAGUCCUCAUAAUGCAGCAGGAUCAGAUGAAACUCCAGGAACCAGAUCAAACCAGAACCAGAACUCAGCAGAAUCUCAUGAAACUUCAGCAUUGACUGGAGGAGAUCUUAAAGAUGCAGAUGAAGGACAGAGGUCAUGUGAUUCAGUGGUCUGACACACACAGUAAAAAGAGAGACAUAUGCCAUGUGUAUAAUCUCAUACUCAGAGUUUAUGAGCAGUUAAAAUGAGACACUCGCUGUUCUCUGAUGAUUUUAUUUUAAUUCAGCAUGUUGAAUGUUGAUGUUUAUUCACACUUCAGAAUCUCACAUGUUGUACGUCAUCUGGGAAUUUCUUGCAUGUUUCACAUAUACUGAGGAUUUGGACCGACUCCAUUAACACACUAUUAGAGAAGUGUGCAUGUUCAGAUAUGUGUGUAUAUCCAGUGUUUAUGAGAUCAAUCCCACACUGGGACUGUUUGCUCAAAUUCUCAUCAGUGCUGACAGAAACUGAACGUUUACUUUUAUUGUUUUAUUUUACUUUUUGUUUUUUUAUUUUUUAUGUAGAUGCAUUUUUUACUCUGGAGUGUUUUUAUUAUUUCUUGUGAUUUUGUUGUUUUCAUAUGUUUUAUGAAAAUCUGUAAAUAUUGUAUUAAUAUAAUAUUUUAUUGUCAUGUUGACAGAGUAGUUCUGGAUGCCAAGUUCAACAGUAUUAAUGAAACUGAACAUUUCUUUAAUAUCAACAGACAACAAUCUGUGGGAUCAUUUUAACCUAAAGAAAGUUCUUGUGAAUCAUCUGCAGCAUUCAUGUGGUAAUCUGAGCGAUCUUUGAGUUUCAAGAACACAAUUGUGUUGUGUAGAACUGUAAUGUGAGUAAUUCUAUAUUACCCAUCCAAACAUCUAAACAUUCAGUUUUCUGCUCAGAUCAUUUAUAAUAUAAACAGCUUGAUUAAAUGUAGGCUAACAUUACAUCACCUGCUGCAAUGUGUGUUCAUCCUAAUGAAAGGCUUAGCAAUAUAAAAUUAUAAUAAUGUUUGGAGUAAUCAAGUGCUGCAAAUGAGUU